GUGGCAGGAUAGACCUGCCCAGCCAUUGCAGCAGAUGCUCAUUUGUAAUACUGCCUUAAGGAGAUGAGGAGAUGAGAGUAAAUUGUUCCAGCAGCUCAGCCUGUGCUGCCAACAGUUCAGAGGAGCUGCCAGAGGGGCUGGAGGUACCUGGGAACCUGGAACUUGUUUUCACAGUGGUGUCAGCUGUGAUGAUGGCCUUGCUCAUGUUCUCCUUGGGAUGCUCUGUGGAGACCCAGAAGCUGUGGGCACACAUCAGGAGACCGUGGGGCAUUGCUGUGGGGCUGCUUUGCCAGUUUGGGCUCAUGCCUCUCACAGCCUAUCUCCUGGCUCUCAGCUUCUCCUUGAAGCCAAGGCAGGCUGUUGCUGUUCUCAUCCUGGGGUGCUGCCCGGGAGGCACCAUCUCUAACAUUUUCACCUUCUGGCUCGACGGAGAUAUGGAUCUCAGCAUUAGUAUGACAACCUGUUCCACAGUGGCUGCCUUGGGAAUGAUGCCACUCUGCCUGUAUCUCUACACCUUGUCCUGGAAUCUUGAGCAGAAUUUCACCAUCCCGUACCAGAACAUAGGAAUUACUCUUCUGUGCCUGACCAUUCCCGUGGCCUCUGGCGUCUGGGUGAAUUAUAGAUGGCCGAAGCAAUCCAAAGUCAUUCUCAAGAUUGGGGCCAUUGUCGGUGGGGUCCUCCUCCUGGUGGUUGCAGGAGCUGGUGUGGUGCUGGCGAAAGGAUCUUGGAAGUCAGACAUCACUCUUCUGAUCAUCAGUUUCAUCUUUCCUUUGAUUGGCCAUGUCGCAGGCUUCCUGCUGGCAAUUCUUACCCACCAAUCUUGGCAGAGGUGCAGGACAAUUUCCUUAGAAACUGGAGCUCAGAAUAUUCAGAUGUGUAUCACCAUGCUGCAGUUGUCUUUUGCAGCUGAGCAACUGGUCCAGAUGCUGAGCUUCCCAUUGGCCUAUGGGCUUUUCCAAAUCUUGGAUGGAUUUCUCAUUGUUGCAGCAUAUAAAAUGUACAAGAGGAGACUGAAUAAUAAACACAGAGAAAAGGACUCAGGUUGUGUAGAAGCCUACCAUAAGAAGAGAUCCACUUCUCCCAAAGAGACCAGUGCUUUCUUGGAGGUGAAUGAAGAAGUCGCCACUGUAACUCUUGAGCUAUCAGGACCGAUGAAUCUCCACAGGGCUCUUGAGGCAACCGGCCACAUCUCUUCCAUGCAUAGUAGGGGCUUGCUGGCCUGACUGGUCCCUGUCUUCCUUGGCAGUCAGUAAAGACAGUGAAGAGCUGAUGCAUAAGUCUCAUUGGCAGGGUCUGUGGGAAUAUUUGAAUAUUUAUAUUUCUGUGUGGAUUGUGAAUUGUCAUAGGAUUCUUUUUGAGAAUGUAUUUUGCCUAUUUCAGGGAGUUCUUUUGGGGUUUCACACAACAUAUUUACUACCUGCUUUGUGUUCUUAUCCUCUCAUGUAGUGGUAAGUAAUACCCAUUGUUAUGUGAAGUUAUCCCCACAUUAUGGAUUUUAAUCUCACAAGAGUCAGGUCUCUGUAGAGGAGAUGUCACUUCAUACUGCAGGGUAAGGACAGAGUCUGCACUUGAUUUCUCAACUUUGGGCAAGUCCUUUGGAGCAUCAGGGAGGAAGCAUACAGCUCUUAUAAAAAACGGGGCCUUGUCUCAAAUGAUUGUUAUUUUUUAAGGGCUUGAAAAUAGUUUUGGAUAACGAAAUUAGAGGAAAUUCGAUGAAAAUUUGAGAUUAACAGGUGAUUGCCCCAUAUUUUCACUCCGUAAAUUUAUAGCCUUCUAGUUUUUGUUUAUAUGUUACAUCAUUUAAAAAACAUAUAGUGUAGAGUAUAUCAAAAGUCACUUAGACAUAUUAUGGAGCAUCUAUACAUGUAAGUCUACCUAAUCCUUUAGAACAGUGGCUUUGUGGAAGUAUUCCAUUGUGUGGAAGGACUGCAAUUUAUUUACCAUUUGUUAUACAUGAACAUUUAGAGAGGUUUCAACUUACUAAAAUUACAGUGCUGCAACAAGCACCCAUGCCUUUGUGUAAGUAUUUCUGGAGCAUCACUUCCUAUGACCUGAAUUGCUAAAUCAAUUGCACAUUAGAAUGUGGGACACAUUGCUCUCUGGCAAUGUUGUAUAGCAGUGCUGGAGAGGGCUUGCCCGCUCGUAGUCAUACCAGUCUAAAGAAUGAUCAGUUUUGGUUUGUGAGAAUAUCUUGUUUAAUAUUGCAUUUCAAAAAUUAUGAAUGAAGGAGAGUAUUUUUCAUGGUGUAAUCAUGUCCUUUGCCUGCUUUUCUACUGCAUAUUUUUCUCUUUUGACUGAUAGAUUUUAACAUAUUAUGGAUAGUGAUACUUUGUCCUAUGCUUUGUUAACAUUUUACCUACUCUUAUUUUUUGUUCUUCUCUAAUGUAUUUUGAUGUAUAGAACUUUUAUAUUUUUUUAUAUAUUCAGCUUUUUUAGUCAAAAGCCAUCUGGUAAGACAAAACAACACAAAUCAAUGUAAGGGUUUGAAAACUGUCACAUCAGAAAACUACCAUCUUCAGAAAUGGUUUGUCAGUGUGUUACUGAGAACUGGAAAUAGUCAAGUUGUCCAUGAGGCUCCACAUUAUUAUUAGGAUGAGGACUGUAACUAAAUAAAAGCUCUAACUGAAUAAAUGGCAUUUUGACUGAUCUAAAUAAUUAUGAGUUUAUCAAAGCUAGGGGCUUAUAUGAAGCUCAGAAAAGUGGGGCCAGAGAAAUAAUAUCAAGCACAAUGAGUCCAGCUCUAUGUUUGGCAAAGAGCCAGCUGGAUAGUCGAGGCGGCAUAGCACAGUGGGACGAGCACGGACUUUGCUUGAGUUGCUUGUCGAGGUAAGAUGCCUUGUGCGGUGUGGGCUGAAUUCAGGCAGAUGUGGAACUGAAUCCCAGCUCUGUUAUUUGGGCAACCUUGAGCAAGUGACAAUCUGUCUGGACUUCAGUUUCCUUUCUUAAAAAGGAUGAUAACAUUCAAUCCUAAACACUCUGAUAAGUAGAUGUUAACCUUAAAAAUAAAAAAUUAUUUUAGCAGCAAAAAUGGGUUUAUUCAGGAAUAGCAGAGAAUUGCAAUUCAGGACAAUCAAGCUAAGGCACAACCAUAGGCAGGUCCAGAGGAAAAGAAGAGGAAUGCUCUUUUAUAAGGAAAGGGCAGGGUUGGAAGGGCUGUUUUAAACAGAAAGUCUGUUGGCGGAAACUGGAAGCUCCAUGUAUCAUGAUUUCUCAUUGGCUGGGCUCUUUCCGAGGUGGUAGGAACCUUCCUUCCUCCAGUUGAGUAGAAAAGUGCCAAAAGUAGUAUUGACUUGCAAGGCGUCUUCUUCUGCUGGGGUCUGCAAUUGGAGGAGCUGCGGGUGUGAGAACUCCCCUUGCUGGCCUCCUGACUCCACUUUAGAUCUUUUCUUGAAAGUAUGGCAGAAAAACAGUCAGGUUUUCUGUAUCAGUGGUUUUAUCCCUUAGAGCCAGGAAGGACCUUUCCUGGUUGUCAUGUCCUGUAUCAGAGUAACAAGGAAGAUUAGGAAGGAGAACUCUUGGGCAUUUCCCAUCUAUAGUCCAUAUUUAUGAAGAUCGUAAGCGCUGGAGAUCACCUUAUAUUUAUUAUUUGGUACAUCAUGUUCUAUAAAAGUUCAACAGGCAACAAAAUACAAAACUUAAAAUAAUUAUACAAAACAAAAAAGGUUACAUGACAAUUCCAAAUUGCACGAUGGUGCUAAACCAGGACUCUAGGUCUGAAAAUAGCCAACUGAAAUAUUUAUUGGCUUUUAUCCCAACUUAGGGGAGGAAAGUUCUUCCUACAGAGGCAAACCUGUUGUCACGUGUGCCUCCUAGAAAUCCCUGUGUGAACUGGCCAUGAAAGCAGGAUAGUGAAUGCCAAAACAGCACCCUGAAAGAAAUUAACCAAGGGCAUUUGGGUAGGUACAGUCCAGGUAUAAACAUGAAGCAAAUAGCUGAUGAACUUUUUGCAAGAAUAACAAAAUUCUAAGAUGUAUUAAAACAACAUUGUUGUCUCAAAUUACUGUUGAAAAAUAAACUCCAAUAAUACAGCCUGUAAAAGUGCAAAUAUAGAGAACAUGACUUUGGAUAAGAAUCUAGAGGCAGACAAUAGCACAGAUGAAAGAAAGGCUUGUGAAUUCUGAAACUUCUUACCCAUCAAAAAGCUCACAGAUCAUAACGGGACUUUGCAAAAGGCCAUCAUCAAAAGAAGAGGUUUCCCCCUUUUGCAAGGGCUUGGGAAAGGCAGGUAAGGGCAUUUUCUUUCCAUGAAAGAGAAAGAAGCAGCAGUGAGAAAAUGGUAUACAGGCCUGGUCCAGACAUCUUGGGAAAGCUGACUCACCUCAUGUCAUCUGCUUCAAUUCUGAGAAAUCUUUAUUUUCAGGUCACCAUUUGGAAUGCAGUCCAGUUGGGGUUUGGUGCUUUCUUUAAAUGUCGCACGUGCAUCUAAGAGUCUAUUCCUUGGAGUUUGGUGGUACAAGGGUUGGUUAUAAGUACCUGAUAAGGUCGUUCCCAUCAAGGUUGAACAGACUCUUUCUGGAGGUAUCUUUUCUAAUAGACAAAAUCUCCAUGUGCAAGGUGUAAUGCUUGUCUUCAUCCCCUGAGAGUGCAUAGUAAAAAGAUUGCUCUACCAAAACAUGGUUAUUAAAAAAAUUUUUUUUCUUUUACAGUUGGUAUACAUUUUUUAAAUUGAAGUAUCAUUGAUACACAAUCUUAUUUUGGUUUCAAAUGUACAACACAGUGAUUCAACAGUUACCCAUGUUAUUAAAUCCUCACCCCACCUAGUGUGGUUACUAUCUAUCAACGUAUAAAGAUGUUAUAGCACCAUUGACUAUAUUCUCCAUAUUGUACUAUCAUCCCCAUGACCAACUUAUAUUGUGACUGCAAAUUAUUGUGCUCCUUUAUCCCCCUCAGCAUCUCCCUCAAUGACCCAAACCCCUCCCCAACUGGGUAACUACUAGUCACUUCUCAGUGUCUAUGUCUACUGCUGUUUUGCUCCUUCUGUUUGCUUUCUUUUUAUAUUUCACAAAUAAAUAAAAUCAUAUGGUAGUUGUCUUUCAUGGCCUGGCUUAUU